AUGUUCUUCCCUACGGCUAUUGCACUCGUUGGCCUUAUGACGUGCUCGUCCAUUGGAAGCCCGCUCAGUAACAAGAACGAGCUUACAAGUCGGGCUGAAACAUUCAACAAUCCAGUCUUGUGGGAAGACUAUCCCGAUCUUGACGUCUUCCGGAUAGGCGAUGUGUUCUAUUACUCGUCGUCGACUUUCGCCUUCUCGCCAGGCGCGCCGGUAUUAAAAUCCUAUGACCUCGUCAAUUGGACCCCAGUAACUCACAGCGUACCGAGACUGAACUUUGGCUCGCAAUACGACCUCGAUAACCCAUCGAACCGUGCUUACGUCAAAGGUAUCUGGGCCAGCACACUCAGGUAUCGAAAAUCGACCGACAAGUUCAUCUGGAUCGGCUGCAUCCAAUCCACUGGCAAGUCAUACAUGUGGACUGCCGGUGGAACCAAGGCAGCCGCCAAUAAUGGCGAAGUUUCGAACUGGAGUUGGACUGCUGCAGGCUCAUUUCCGAAGUGCUACUAUGACAAUGGACUUUUCAUUGAUGACGAUGACACCAUGUACAUAGUGUACGACCAUAUCAACGUUGCCCAGUUGAACGCAGACGGCACAGCAGAAGUCAGAAGUCAGCAAGUCUAUGAGGAUCCAAAUGGACUUUAUCUUGAGGGUGCGCGAAUGUACAAGAUCAAGGGGAAAUACUACAUCUUCGCCACAAAGCCAGCCGAUGACGAGUGGGUGUUGAAGUCGGACAGUCCAUGGGGCCCAUAUGAGGCGCGCAUUUUGGUCGACAGCAUCAAGGGGCCUUUGGCCAAUGCGGGCAACAGUCACCAAGGUGGCGUAGUUGACGACAAAAAUGGGAACUGGUACUACGUCGCAUUUAUGGAUUCCUACCCUGGUGGACGUAUACCUGUGGUUGCACCUUUGACCUGGACGGCAGAUGGAUGGCCGGAAGUUGUAAGAGUCAACGGCGAGUGGGGCAAGACAUAUCCUAAACCAGUCACAACGGACAAAACUGUCCCUCCACCUACAGGUCUCGAUAAAUUCACCGGAACAGCUCUAAGCAAUGAAUGGGAGUGGAACCACAACCCGGAUAACAGCAAGUGGAGCCUGGCAGGUGGUGCUGGCGGACUCAAGCUCCAGACCGCUACCGUCACUACUGAUCUCUACUCCGCGCGCAACACCUUAACACAUCGCAUCCUCGGCCCAAAGUCAUCGGGAACCUUCAAGAUUGACAUCAGUAAGAUGGCUGUUGGUGAUCGUGCUGGUGCCGUGCUUUUCCGCGAUACUGGAGCGUACAUCGGUUUCCACAAAGAUGGCUCAACAACCAAGCUUGUCAUGGUCAACAAUCUGAAAAUGAACGCGGACUGGACCACGAACUCUACCGGUACUGUCGCCGCUACAGGACCUGCUCUCGCGUCCGGUGUCACAGAGUUCUGGCUCCGCGUUGAGUCGGACAUUACGCCUGCCUUUGGUACAAACACCAUGCGACAAACGACUUUCUGGUAUUCUACGGAUGGAAGCAAAUUUUUGCAGCUGGGACCGGCAUUCAACAUGGCUAACACCUGGCAAUUCUUCACAGGUUACAGAUUUGGUGUUUUUAACUUCGCGACAGCGAAGUUGGGUGGGGAGGUCACAGUCAAGAGUUUCGAGUUGAAGCUGGUAUAG